AUGUGGGAACAGGAGGAGUUCGAGAAACACUGGAGGAAUGAGUUCCCCGACGGUGAGGUGCCUCAGAUGAACCUCAGCUCGGUGGAGGACAUCGAGAGCGAGCUGGAGAGGUGCAAGGCGAAGCUAAAGACGCUCCAGCAGGCCCUGUCGGAGGAGAAGUUCAAGGUGAUCUACCUGCAGACCACCAUUGCGCAGAAGAAGAAAAGUUACGACACGGAGAGGUGGGGGAGUAAAGAAGAAGAGGAGCCUCCGACCCCGGCGGCUGCGGAGGUGAGUGAGGUGGACGGGAACAAGCCCGCCGGUGUGGCUGGUAAGGUCGAGCGGUUGGACAGCAAAGUGCACACACGGGUAAAACUCCCGGGUCUUGGAAGUGUUGGAAGUAAAUUCAGCGAGGAGCUGAGCAGCUCGGGCACCGCUCGCUCAGACGUGGUCAGAGGUAGUAAGACAGGAAAACCCAUUCUGGUUCCUCCUCGGAAAAAGCCCAUCCUGCCGAAGGAGAGCUCGAGCGGCCCGGUUCUGGAGCAGCAGCCCGUCCGCGACCUCGUACAGCAGCAGCAGCAGAAGGUGGAGGAGCGCGACAGCGACCACGAGUACGAGGACGUGGAGCUCAACGAGAACUUCGUCCGGAGGAACCUGCUCAACCCCAAGGCGAAGGCGCAGCUCCGCUGGAGCAGGGAUUUGGACUCUGGAGAUGAGGGGAGGCUCUCGCCCUCCAUGCCGUCCCGCUGCUCCUUCGGCUCGGGCCGCAGCACCCCGGACAGGCGGAGUGACGGUUACAUCAGCUCCGACCACGACGACUCGUCUUCUGCGGACUUUAACUACAACACGGAUGGUUAUGAGGGGGACGGUGCGGAGGACAGGAAGUCUCAGGAUGGCUCAGAGACGAUGCCCUUCAUUGAUGAGUCACCCACUAUGUCCCCACAGCUGUGUGUUCGGCCUGACGGUGAAGCUGUUUCUCCUACACCACCUGAGGGCCUGCUGCCUGGGGGGGACAUAGAAAAGGGUCUGGAGAUGAAGAAAUUGGUGCUAUCUGGAUUUAUGGCCAGUGAAGAGAUCUACAUUAACCAGCUUGAGGCUCUGCUGCUGCCCAUGCGUCCCCUCAAGGCCACAGCCACAACCUCAAAGCCUGUACUGACCAUGGAGCAGAUCGAGACUAUCUUUUACAAGAUUCAGGACAUCUACGAGAUCCAUAAAGAGUUCUAUGAUGCUCUCUUCCCCAACAUCCAGCAGUGGGAUGACAAGGUCACUGUGGGUCAUCUCUUCCAGAAGCUGGCCAGCCAGCUCGGUGUUUACAAAGCCUUUGUUGACAACUACAAAGUGGCCCUGGAAACAGUGGAGAAAUGCAGCCAGGCCAACUCCCAGUUCCAGAAGAUCUCUGAGAAUGUUAAAGUUAAAGGACCUAAAGACUCCAAAGACUGCACCACUACUGUCACCAUGGAGGCUCUGCUAUAUAAACCUAUUGACCGUGUCACUCGCAGUACCCUCGUACUACAUGACCUGCUGAAACACACUCCUAAAGAGCACCCAGACUUCGCCCUGCUGCAGGAUGCCCUGCGCAUUUCUCAGAACUUCCUCUCCAGCAUUAACGAGGAGAUCGACCCACGCAGAACCGCUGUCACCACGCCCAAAGGAGAGGCUCGUCAGCUGGUGAAGGAUGGUUUCUUGGUGGAAGUCUCUGAAGGUUCUCGGAAACUCCGCCAUGUUUUCCUCUUCACUGAUUUGCUGCUCUGUGCCAAAAUGAAGAAGACUGCAGUGGGGAGGAAUCAGCAGUAUGAAUGUAAGUGGUAUAUCCCGCUGGCUGACCUGACAUUCCAGACACUGGACGACUCCGACUCCUGCCCGCACGUACAGACCCUUCCUGAGCAUGAAAUUGAGGAGAUGAAGAUCAAGAUCUCGCUCAUUAAGAGCGACAUCCAGAAAGAGAAGAAAGCGCAGAAGGGUCAGAGCCGCAAUGUGGACCGCUUGAGGAAGAAGAUGAAUGAACAGGAGUCAUGUUUAUUGCUGCAUUCGCCAACCAUUCCCUUCCGCAUCCACAGCAAACAUGGCAAGAGUUACUUGUUCCUACUGUCCUCAGAUUAUGAGAGGUCAGAAUGGAGAGAGAGCAUUCAGAAGCUCCAGAAGAAAGAUCUUCAGUCGUGUGUGCUGAGUACACUAGAGCUUCAGGUCCUCACCAGCUCCUGCUUCAAACUGCGUACAGUCCACAAUAUCCCUGUCACUAGUAACAAAGACGAUGAGGAGUCUCCAGGCCUGUAUGGUUUCCUGCAUGUCAUCGUCCAUUCUGCCACUGGCUUCAAAGAAUCAGCCAAUCUGUACUGCACUCUGGAGGUGGACUCCUUUGGCUACUUUGUGAGCAAGGCCAAAACCCGAGUAUUCAGAGACACCACCGAGCCACACUGGAACGAGGAGUUUGAAAUUGAGCUGGAAGGAUCUCAGUGCCUGAGAAUUUUGUGCUACGAGAAAUGCUACGACAAGUCCAAGCUCAACAAGGACGACAAUGAGAUUGUAGACAAGAUCAUGGGCAAGGGCCAAGUACAGCUGGACCCACAGACAGUGCAGUCCAAGAACUGGCAUGUGGACGUGAUUGAGAUGAACGGGAUUAAGGUGGAGUUCUCUAUGAAGUUCACGAGUCGGGAUUUGAGCUUGAAGAGGACGCCUUCUAAGAAGCAGAGUGGAGUGUUUGGAGUCAAAAUCAGCGUAGUGACAAAGCGUGAGCGCUCUAAGGUGCCUUACAUUGUGCGGCAGUGUAUUGAGGAGGUGGAGAAGAGGGGAAUCGAAGAAGUGGGCAUUUACCGAAUCUCUGGGGUGGCCACGGACAUUCAGGCACUUAAAGCAGCAUUCGACACAAAUACCAAAGAUAUUCUGGUGAUGUUGAGUGAUAUGGACAUUAAUGCCAUCGCAGGGACACUGAAGCUGUACUUCAGAGAACUGCCUGAGCCUCUGCUGACAGACCGCCUCUACCCAGCUUUCAUGGAGGGCAUUGCUCUGUCCGACCCUGCAGCCAAGGAGAACUGCAUGAUGCACCUGCUGCGCUCCCUCCCUGACCCCAACCUCAUCACCUUCCUCACCUUGCUGGAGCACCUGAAGAGGGUGGCGGAGAAGGAGCCAGUGAAUAAGAUGUCUCUGCACAACCUGGCCACUGUAUUCGGCCCCACGCUGCUCAGACCCUCCGAGUCCGAAAGCAGCAAGCCUCACAUUACGCUGGCCUCCGACAUCUGGUCCCAUGACGUCAUGGCACAGGUCCAGGUGUUACUGUACUACCUGCAGCACCCGCCCAUCUCCUUCGCCGAGCUGAAGAGGAAUACGCUCUAUUUCUCCACGGACGUUUAGCACUCAAAGAAAGAGAGCGAGAAAGACGCCCACACUGUUCCAUUCCCGUCCAAACACAGCAAUCUAUUUACUGUACAGAAUUAACCCAUGCCACAGCGGGGGCUCCCCCUCCCCUCCUGUCCAAUCUCGUGUCAGUCUGAGCAUGUGCGGAGAGAGCAGCGGCCAUGCCCCCUGGCCGGAGGAGAGCUGGAGCUGAAGUAGGAUGGAGCCUUUGGUCUUUUCAGUUACGGAUUGAUCUCCUGACACCAUCACAGGAGACCACACAUCCCAACACACACGCCGUUUGUUCCUCUCUGUUUGUUUCCUGAGAAAGUGUGGAUGCAAAACGUCUCCAAAACUGAAACAGAGGCAUGCAGGUCUCCAACAUGGUGGCUCCUCUAAAGCCCAGCUCAGUGAAGCCGGCGCAGAAGAUGGCCUGCGAUUACACUCCCCUCUCCUUUUAUUCUUUUUUUAAUUAAGUCAGAGGCAUUCCAGAAAUCGAGCAAACAAAAACGCAUUUUGCUUAAUAACUCUUCUGUUCCGUUUUCCUUCUUCAGCCUUUGCACACAUGUAAAGAGAGGUUUGCGUGCGUGUAUACGUGAGUGUGUGUGUGCGCUUGCGUUUUCUCAAAGCUGAGGCUUGGGUAGGACCCUUUUGCUCUCUUUGCAAACUUCAGAGAGCGCAGACGUCUCCUGACCAUUCCCAGGCCAAAUCACCUUAUUUAUUAUAAAUAUAUUCUAUAUGUGUGCCUGUACAGUACAUUACAAUUAGAGAAAGACUCUGCAGAGUCAAUCAUUUGAAGUUUUUUUUUGUUUUGUUUUUUUUUUGUUUUUUUUGGAUAGUGACUUGUUUUUUUAAAUUGCAAGUUUCUCAUUUAUGGUCAGUGCUAACUAAGCUGUACUGUAAAAACAAUGCAUAAGCAAAAGAAGAAUAAACUUUGACCAUUAAGCUUUUUGGAACUGAAUUCCAUUUUGUAUGGAAAUAAAUCAUGGUACGCAAUCUAGUGAGAUUUUACACCUCAGAAAUAU